AUAGAGGUGAAACUGAGAACUUCGAACCGUGGACGAGCCAGUUCAGUGAGCGCUGGGGGACCUGGAGGGAGGGAGGCGGAGUGAGUGAGAGUGAGUGAGUGAGUGAGAGAGAGAGAGAGAGAGAGAGAGAGAGAGAAAAAGGAAGAAGGAAACGGAGACCUGCGUAAACAGAAACCCUAACACGCGCACACACACACAGACGCAGACGCGCACACACGCACAGGCAAACGCUCUCGAGGAGGAGGGGGGAAAAGCACAUGGUGUGAAAAUGCCCACGAACUUCACGGUGGUCCCGGUGGAGGACGGGCACGAGCCGGCCCAGGCCCGCGACGACAACGCCCUGCGGGAGGAGGACGAGGACGACCCGGAUCGCCUGGCGGGACGCUCAGGAGAUGGCCUCCCGAAGGAGGACAGCCCGUUCAUCAACAACACCGACGGCGAUAAAGGGAAUCUGUACGACGGGAAAAACAUGGCUCUCUUCGAGGAGGAGAUGGACAGCAAUCCCAUGGUCUCCUCGCUGCUCAACAAGCUGGCCAACUACACCAACCUCACGCAGGGGGUCAUCGAGCACGAGGAGGCCGAGAACCUGGAGGGGGCCAAGAAGAAGACCGUCCAGUUGCAAAGUUGGCCUACAUACACCAUUUCAGUCCAGCUCCAUCCUUUGUGGCUUAGUCCGCAGAUGGGCACCUUCAUCGGGGUCUACCUCCCCUGCAUGCAGAACAUCCUGGGGGUCAUCCUCUUCCUGCGUCUCACCUGGAUCGUGGGCACCGCGGGCAUCCUGGAGUCCUUCGCCAUCGUCUUCAUGACCUGUGCCUGCACGAUGCUGACGGCCAUAUCGAUGAGCGCCAUCGCCACAAACGGCGUGGUUCCAGCCGGCGGGUCGUACUACAUGAUCUCGCGGUCCCUGGGCCCGGAGUUCGGCGGGGCCGUGGGGCUCUGCUUCUACCUGGGGACCACCUUCGCCGGGUCCAUGUACAUCCUCGGCACCAUCGAGAUCUUCCUGACCUACAUCGUGCCGAACGGCGCCAUCUUCACGGCGGAGAGGAAGGAGGACGAGCAGGCGGCCAUGCUGAACAACAUGCGGGUGUACGGCACCUGCUGCCUGGCCCUCAUGGCGCUGGUGGUCUUCGUGGGCGUCAAGUACGUCAACAAGCUGGCGCUGGUCUUCCUGGCGUGCGUGGUGCUGUCCAUCAUGGCCAUCUACGCCGGCGUCAUCAAGACCGCCUUCGACCCGCCCGACUUCCCGAUCUGCCUGCUGGGCAACCGGUCCCUGAAGAACCUGGAGUUCGACAAGUGCGUGAAGUCGGAGACGGUGGGCAACGCGACGGUCCCCACCGCGCUCUGGGGCCUCUUCUGCGACGGCAUGUCCGCCAACGCGUCCUGCGACGAGUACUUCCGGGACAACAACGUGACGGAGAUCCAGGGCAUCCCGGGCCUGCUCAGCGGGGUCAUCACAGAAAACUUGUGGCCCAGCUACGCCCCCGGUGGGAUGCUGGUGGAGAAGCCGGGGCAGCCGUCCACCCCCCCCAAGGACACGUCCCAGGACAUCAACAGACCCUACAUCUUCAACGACAUGGCCACCUUCUUCACCCUGCUGGUGGGCAUAUACUUCCCCUCGGUGACAGGAAUCAUGGCCGGGUCCAACAGGUCUGGAGACCUGAAGGAUGCUCAGCGCUCGAUUCCCACGGGAACCAUCCUCGCCAUAGCAACCACAUCCUUCAUCUAUAUCUCCUGUGUGGUGCUGUUCGGUGCGUGCAUCGAAGGCGUGCUUCUGAGAGACAAGUUCGGGGACUCGGUGAAGAGGAACCUGGUGAUCGGCAUCCUGUCCUGGCCCUCCCCCUGGGUCAUCGUCAUCGGCUCCUUCUUCUCCUGCUGCGGGGCGGGGCUGCAGAGCCUCACCGGCGCCCCCCGGCUGCUGCAGGCCAUCGCGCGCGACGGCAUCAUUCCGUUCCUGCAGGUGUUUGGUCACGGUAAAUCUAACGGGGAGCCCACCUGGGCACUGCUGCUGACCGCGGGCAUCUGUGAGAUCGGCAUCCUGAUUGCCUCCCUGGACGAGGUGGCGCCCAUUCUCUCAAUGUUCUUCCUGAUGUGCUACCUGUUUGUGAACCUGGCCUGUGCGGUGCAGACCCUGCUGCGCACCCCAAACUGGAGGCCCCGGUUCAAGUUCUACCACUGGACUCUGUCCUUCCUGGGAAUGAGCCUCUGCCUCUCCCUGAUGUUCAUCUGCUCCUGGUACUACGCUCUGAUUGCCAUGCUGAUCGCCGGGUGCAUCUACAAGUACAUCGAGUACAGAGGAGCGGAGAAGGAGUGGGGCGACGGGAUUCGGGGCCUGUCCCUCAACGCCGCCCGCUACGCCCUGAUCCGGCUGGAGGAGUCCCCGCCCCACACCAAGAACUGGAGGCCGCAGCUCAUGGUGCUGCUGAACCUGGACUCGGACCUCGGGGUGAAGCACCCGCGGCUGCUGUCCUUCACCACGCAGCUGAAGGCGGGGAAGGGCCUGACCAUCGUGGGCUCCGUGCUGGAAGGCACCUACAUGACCAAGGCCUCCGAGGCCAAGUGCUCCGAGCAGAACGUGAAGGCAGCCAUGUCCGCGGAGAAGACCAAGGGCUUCUGCCACGUGGUGGCGUCGUCCAACCUGCGCGACGGCUUCUCGCUGCUCAUCCAGUCGGCGGGGCUGGGCGGCAUGAAGCACAACGCCGUGCUGAUGGCCUGGCCCUGCAGCUGGAGGCAGGCCGAGAGCUCCCUCUCCUGGAAGAACUUCAUCGAGACGGUGAGGGAGACCACGUCGGCCCACCAGGCCCUGCUGGUGUCGAAGAACAUCGACUCGUUCCCGUCCAAUCAGGAGAGGCUGGGGGGCACCAUCGACGUGUGGUGGAUUGUGCAUGACGGGGGUCUGCUGAUGCUGCUGCCCUUCCUGCUCCGGCAGCACAAGGUGUGGCGGAAGUGUCAGAUGCGCAUCUUCACCGUGGCUCAGAUGGAUGACAACAGCAUCCAGAUGAAGAAGGACCUGCAGAUGUUCCUGUACCACCUGCGGCUGGACGCCCAGGUGGAGGUGGUGGAGAUGCACGACAGUGACAUCAGCGCCUUCACGUACGAGAAGACCCUGGUGAUGGAGCAGCGCUCGCAGAUGCUGAAGCAGAUGCAGCUCUCCAGGACGGAGCGGGAGAGAGAGAUUCAGAGCAUCACUGAUGAGUCCCGCAGCUCCAUCAAGAGGAAGAAACAGGCGGGAAAGAGCGCCUCCAGUAACCAGCUGCAGGUCCCGCAGCCGGACAGCUGCCCCCCCGAGGCCGAGGCCCAGCUGAUCCACGACAGGAACACGGCGUCCCACGCCGCCCUCAACGAAAAGGCCCAGGGCGGGCCCGACCGCGUGCACAUGACCUGGACCAAGGAGAAGCUCUACAGCGAGAGGAACCGCAACCGCGAGCAGAACAUGGGCGUGCGCGACCUCUUCAACAUGAAACCAGAGUGGGAGAACCUGAACCAGUCCAACGUGCGCAGGAUGCACACGGCCGUCAAGCUGAACGAGGCCGUGGUCAGCAAGUCCCAGGAUGCUCAGCUGGUCCUGCUCAACAUGCCGGGACCCCCCCGGAACAAAGACGGGGACGAGAACUACAUGGAGUUCCUGGAGGUUCUGAUGGAGGGGCUGAACCGCGUGCUGCUGGUGCGGGGGGGCGGGCGUGAGGUCAUCACCAUCUACUCGUAGCGCUGCGGCGGGGGGAGGGGUCCGGCGGCGCCCGCGUGGGCCAGCGUUUCGGGAUGGGGGGCGCCCAGGCGUCUGCGUGCUAGGAGGAGGGGGGUCUUAACGUUCCCCUCAGGACCAGGAGCGAUGCCACUAUGGGGGCCACCUCACACCCGAGCCAGGAUGGCCUUGGGACACCACUAAUUACAGCCUCAUCAGAUAUUACUCAGCUUCUCCUCACUCUUUAAAAUGUCUUUAUUAUGUGUGUAAAUACAGCGGACGCUCAUGCUAAUAUUAUUAUAUUUGUGUGUCUUAGUUCAGUUUUUUUUUUUUUAAACUGUUGCAGUUGUUUUUGUUUCACGUAACCUGGAAAAGGACUUUUUUGCACAAGCUCGCUGAGGCCUGAGGUUUGUUUCGGCUCUGUUCGCUCCCCACAGCGCCCCCUGGCUGUGGAGUACUGUAAUAGCGACAGCCUUUCCCCAUGUAUGCAAUAUCUUAUAAAGGGGGAGUGGGGGGGGGUAAACAGGAAUGUUGGAUAUUUUAUGUUCUUUGUGUUUUUUGUUGUUUGUUGUUAAAUAAUGUACUUAACCUGUAUAUCCGUGUUGAAGCUUGUACCAAAGCGGCGCGUGUGGCUAGCAGGCUAGCUGACUAGCGGAUUAGCGAACUAGCGGACUAGCUGUGCAGCGCGGCGUUAGAGGCUGUUCUAAGCCUGAAGGGAGAUGUAGCCUUAAUGUUUUCAUUUUGCUUUUCUGCGUUGGCUACUAUCGGAAGGACCCGGCCUUCAGGUCCUGUGAGAACGAGGCAAUAACAGUGACAGGCCGGGUGGGCCGUCUGUAAAUAUGCCUGUUUUUAGCCCAAAGUUUCGUUUUUUUUUUUUUACUCAGGCAGGUGAGUUGCACACGGCUGCACGGCGCAAAUCGCUUGACUGGCCCCGGAAAGUCCUUCCAGCCCUCGGGCCAAAGUGACCUCUGCGCUCAUUUGCAUAUCCCACAGAGAGCUGCGUCUGAACCAAUCGCGCGCUGGUGCACACCGGAGUGCCGUUUUAAGGACAGAGAGUAGCUCUCGUGGUUUUUUUGGGGUUUUUUUUGUUUGUCGGUGAGGAAGUUUGUGCCGGAGGAUGUGGACGAUGCAGCGAUGGCUGCCCAGUGCUCUGUGGCAGUCAGACAUAUCUCCACCCGCACGCGGUGGUCAUGUGACCAAGUGGAGCCAAGGCAUUGGUGGUAGCCAUGGCUACGGGAAGUGAAGCCAUAGAGAGAGGUGGUCUCGGGUGUGAGCGCCCUCGGGAAUCAGUGGGCUAAAGCAGCGACUCUGGACUCUGCGGAGAGGAACUGGGGCUUUAGGAUUAUGGG